GGGGCAGACAGGGGGGGAACGGAAGGGAGGGCUUGGGAGGGCAGGCAGGGAGCUGGCUGGCUGCGAGGGAAGAGGGGAAGGGGGAGAGGCAUGGGCCAUGGCGGACAAGGACAAGAAGAAACUGAAGGUCAUUCUCAAGCUUCCCAAGACACAUCUGAAAUCUCCAGCAACAGCACCUUUACCAGUGGUAGCGCAGGCAGCACCAAAUUCGUCCGCCUCUGCUUUUUCAUUCCCUUCAUCACAAUUCUCGCCUUCACAAGAUCACCGCAAAAAUGUGUCAUCUCAUCAUGCUGGCGCAUCAUCCUCGGCGCUGCAGGCUCAGUCCGCUUCUCACCUCAGAUCGGCAUCGGCAUCGGCCUCUGUGGCAGCAUCCGGAUCGGUUGCGGCAUCGACAACGACAUCGGCCGCCGGCAGUGCGUCCAAUGCCUCUAACACUCAACAGCACACGCCUCUUAAGAAGAGGAAGUUCAAGGUCGUCGAGCAGAGCGGGGCGCUAGGCGUCGGGGCGCUGGUCGUGGGGGCUCCCAGCGCCGACGAGAAUCUAGCCGGUGUCAGGGAUGGCGCAAUCAGUUUUGCUGCGGCGGCCUCGUCGGGGGCCGCAGCGCGCGCGUCCCCGGCUGCUCCAUUACCACCACCGGCCAAGAAGUCGCACAAGAAACAGGUUAAGCCGGAACCUAAACCCGAAGUGCCUGCGCCUGGGGUCGGGCCUAGUGUCUCUCAAGGCCCACCACAACAGACGCAGCUACCGCUGCAACCGAUCUCCAAACCCCUGCUAGAAGGUGUCCUUGACAAGCUGCAAAAGAAAGACACCUAUGGAGUUUUCGCAGAACCUGUGGAUGCGGCUCAGGUUCCGGAUUAUUAUGACGUUAUCAAAGAUCCGAUGGAUUUUGGAACAAUGAGGAAGAAAAUCAACAAGAACGCUUACUCGACCAUGGAGUCUUUUGAGGGGGACAUUUAUCUUAUUUGCAGCAAUGCGAUGCGCUAUAAUGGGCCUGACACGAUCUACUACAAGCAGGCACGCACCAUUAAGGAUAUGGCAAAAAAAGCUCUGGAGGGCGUCAGAAGUCAGCUUGCUGGAGAAGUUCGUAAACCCGUUUCUCACAAGAAGAAGCCACCACCACCGAAAAAGUCCCAUUCUAAAAAGCCUACACCAAGUAAGUCGCGGUUUGACGGCGCGGGUUCCGAUUUCGCAUCUGGUGCGACACUGGCCGCAGAUGGAGAAGGUGGUGGAUGGUCCAAUUCAACUGUAGAUGCUGGGAAAGCAAAGAAAGGCGCUUCGAUGGAGAAGCUAGUUAGUAUGGGCGAGGACUCGCAAAGUGAAUGGGCAUUGCAGGGUGGUGCUUGCGAAGGCAAAAUCGAUGGACAAGAUGAGGCAUCAGGAGCUGUUGCGAAGACGAUGGGUCCCAAGGAUGGACGCAGACCACUUUCUACAGAUGAGUAUCAUCGCAAUACCUACAAGCCCAGGCUUCUUCCAGCCUACAGCCAGGGACCCCCUCUUGCGGCUGUUGGUGGAGAACUCCGUCAGCUUGUGCCCGUGGGUCCUCAGGUCGAAAACUCGUAUGCGAAAAGUUUAGCACAAUUCGGAGCAAUUCUCGGGCCGAAGGCUUGGCGCUAUGUCGCACGUGAGUUGCAAAAAGUUCUUGCGCCGGGUGUUCCCUUCGGACCUGGUUGGGUUGGAGAGCAAGAGGCACCAUUGCAAGUGAAGAAACAGCAUGCAGCGAAAAGUACUGCAAACGCUAGCCCCUCUAACAAAAGUGGAGGUGGAUCUAUUGCCGCAAGCACAGUACAGGUGACCACUGUUCAAGCACCUGCAGGGUUGGUUGUUUCACCUGCUGCACCUUCUCACAGCUCCAGUUCUGCUGCUGCUUCCUGUGCAUCUCCCGGGAACUCAUCUGCUGUGCCUCUGAAAGUGACGAGUCAAGCUGGUGUUGACAGGCCUCCGUCUGGUAAAACGGGACAAGUAUACUCUUCUGGAGCUUUAGGAAGACCAUUCAUUUCGUCUUCUAAAACCCCAUCUGGUUCUGCAUCUGUUUCAAGCGUGGCUAAGUCACCUCCCAAGCAGUCAACUGUGUCGCAGACUGCGAACGCCGGUGCUGUUUCCAGUGCCUCAAACGGAGGGGUCGUGACUAGUCCCGGAACGAUGCCCGCAUUUUCGUCCGCAGUGUCACAGCAGGUGCUGAGUGGUGCUCAACCAGGUUCAGGAUCCCUGAGUUUGCCAACUUCUUCGAGCCCUGGACAUCAACCUGGCUCCUCCAAUGUACCUACAUCCGUGAGUGGGCAAUCCGGCCAUGCCCCAACGUCAUCUAGUCCGAUGUCGGGAGGUGUCCAAGCCCAAUCUGUUCCUUCAGGAGGAACAAUGUUCAACAAACCAUCUGGCAUAGCACAAGGAGCUAUGAGCACCGGCAGCCCGGUCAAAUUUUCGCCUGGCCCUUCAAAGUUGAGUUCUGGUGCUGUAGUCACUCAAUCAGGGCACACUUCAGCAGGUGCACAACAAGCCUUAGGAGGCGGUGCAAGCUCAGUGCCGAAUAGUCCUGCCGGAGUCGGACAGCCUGGGAUUAGCACGGGCUCAAUGACAAGCUUCUCUCCGGGAGCUCCCAAAUCAAGUCUUAUGGGAGGAACUUUCCCCAAUUACACUUCUGGCAGUGCCCAAGCCAUUUGCAUGGGGCCUGCAACGAUUUAUCCCUCACUGUCACAGACGGUAUCAGCUGGCAGCAACAUCUCCAGCUACCAGCAAUCAUCAACCAAUACGAAAACGGUUCAGGGACUUGGCGUCUUGCCCAGCUUCAAUGCAAGCGCUGUACAAUCAGGUCUAGUAGUAGGAUCCAUGUCUGGAUACUCUUCCGGGAUUUCACAGUCCGGACCGACUGGGGCCUCUAAUAUGAGUUUUUCCGCUGGCCCUGGGAAUCCGGGCCCAGCUGUACUUAUGGCGAGCUUUCCGGCCGGAGUUGCAGCACAAUCAGGUCGUCCUGCAGGUAUUGUAAUGAACUACCCAACCGGAGGGUCCAAACCAGUACCCGGGGGGAUGAGCAGUUUGUCAUCUGGAGUUUCUCAACCCGGCUUAACGGUCUACUCUCCUGGAGGGGGCCAGGGAUCUGGGCCCAUGGCCCAGUCGGUGCAGCAGCAGCAGGGUGCUGGUCCUUCGGCCGGGGCCGGGCAAUUAGGUACCAUUGACAUGAACCCCGAGAAGGUCUUACUAACAAGGGCGCAUAUGAGCGGAAUCGCAAAUGCGAAAUCCGAAUCGCAGGCACGAAGCGGGAGCGCGAGUGGGAGUGGCGCUGGGGCUGGCCCGUUGGAUGAGACCAAGAGCUCAGCGUUGACGCAGAACGUAGGAGGGAAGCAGAAUCGGAGCAUGGACGGCGCCGGUGGUUCGGCCGAAGGGCUGGCUGGUGGGGUUAGGUUGGUGUGGCCGAAUUUGGUGGCCACGCAGGAGCAGACAGUUCGGGCUAUGAAUCUAAUUGCCGGGGGAAACCCUUUUCCUAGGGACUGGACUCCCCAAAUGAUCCAGCACGCGUUCGCCAUGUCAGCGGGAAGGGAGGACGGUUCCAUGCAGGCCAACGUGCAAAAGUGGGCUCAAGAACGGGUCAUGGGCCUCGCCCAACAGCAGGCCCAACAACAAGCGCAGCAGCAGGCCCAGUUGCAAGCCCAACAGCAGGCCCAACUGCAAGCCCAGCAACAGGCGCAACUCCAAGCUCAGCAGCAGGCGCAGUUGCAGGCUCAGCAACAAGCCCAGCAACAGGCCCAAAUGCAAGCCCAACAACAAGCGCAGCAACAGGCUCAGAUGCAGGCCCAACAAGCGCAGCAGCAGGCCCAAAUGCAGGCCCAACAACAAGCUCAGAUUCAAGCUCAGCAGCAGGCUCAAAUUCAAGCUCAGCAGCAGGCCCAGAUCCAAGCUCAGCAGCAGGCCCAGAUCCAAGCCCAGCAGCAAGCUCAGCAGCAGGCCCAGAUUCAGGCUCAGCAACAAGCGCAGCAGCAGGCCCAAAUGCAAGCUCAGCAACAAGCUCAGAUGCAAGCCCAGCAACAGGCCCAAAUGCAGGCACAGCAGCAAGCCCAAGUGAAGCAGCAGGCGCACCUGCAAGCAGCCCAACAACAAGCCCAACUGCAGCAGGCCCAGCAGCAAGCGCAACAGGCCCAGUUGCAGGCACAACAACAGGCGCAGAUGCAAGCGCAACAGCAAGCUCAGCAGCAGGCGCAGAUGCAUGCACAGCAACAAGCCAAGCAGCAGGCUCAGAUGCAAGCACACCAACAAGCUCAUCAGCAAGCGCAGCAACAAGCUCAUCAACAAGCGCAGCAUCAAGCUUAUCAACAAUCUCAGCAGCAGCAGCAGCAAGCUGAAUCGAAGAAAAAAAUCUCUCCAUCAGCGCAGGUUUUCCAUCCUCAGAGUUCGCCCCUGAAAAUGCCUUCUAACCUGCCCCAGAUGAUGCCUCAAUUGUACGCUGAUUACGGCAUGAGCCUCCUUCAAAGCGCAGGAGUAAUCCCCCCGAUUUCAAGUGCGCAAGCGCCGGCACAACAGCAACAGCAGCCUGAUCCUAGCAGCAGCUUGAAAUCAUCUGGUGGUGGUAGCGAAGCGUUGGUAUCUCUUCCCCUUCAUUCUCAGGUGGCCUUGCGGCCCAUUGCUUCGCUGCAACAAGGCACUGCUCAACAAAGGUCUAUGCCGCCCGACCUGAACGUGGCCUUGCAGUCACCGACGGCGUUGCAAUCUUCUCCUGCUCAGCAGAGCUCUGCUCCCUCCACAUCCCAACAACCUGAUUUGAAACUACAACUGUAAGCGUCCUAGGUCCCCUCCUGUACAGAUUACCUUCGAAGUUCGGCGGCUGUUUCAGAUUCUUUGCUCCUACUGACGCGGGUUGAUAUUCUUCGAGGUGUUUGCUUCAUGCCUCUUUUAGAGGGUGUUGGCUCUAGAAAGCUCCUUACUUGUUAUUUCACUGGGUUACUAGUUGAAGCAAGCUGCCACCCUUCAAUUGGCUUUGUAAAGUAUCUACGUCUGAAAGAAAUUGCAUAAAGCUCGUACACCGGUUUUUGUGAUCCGUGACGUCACUUCUCU